CACUAAUAUAUCCUGUCUUAUAUUUUAAAAAAUAUAUUUUAUCGAACAUAGUCACUUUAUUCUAGUUGAUAAAUUUUCUAAUUGAAAAAUGUCACCUUUUAAUUUGAUGGCAACACUGUAACAGACAUCGAAACAGACGAGACAUGAGUGUUUUUUCGCUCCGUAGUGUUGGACUACUUGCUGCUUUCAUUAAAAAUUGCAGCUCAAAACAUGUCAGUGCGUCAUAUUGCACGAGACCGAAAAAAUUUCAUGAAGAAAUAUUUGAUAAAGUGAGAGAAGCAAGGAGAAAAGCUGAGGAUAAGUCUUUUGAACCCUCGAAACUAUUCAUGGUAAAGAGGCUCAAAACUCUUACAGGCCUUCCAUAUUGGGAAAAAUUGUUGUUAAGAAGGAUAGGAUUGGAAAAUCAUUAUCCGGACACGGUCAUAUUGAAGAACACUCCAUCCAUCAACAGGUUGUUGUGGGAAAUAAAACAUGUAGUUCGCAUCGUUCCCAUCACUUUUCCAAAUGGCCUUCCCAAGGAAGGUGAUUACACCGGCACUUAUCUGAAAAGGAACGGAGAAUUCAUCAUUUCGCCAAAAUUGAAAGUAGAUCCUCAGCUCUUACUGGUGGAUCCCGAAAAAGAAAAGAAAAAACUGGAUGGUAAAACGAUUCUAAGUGAAUGUAGGAGGAAUUGGGCCAUCUGAAAUAAAACGUUAAAAACUCAUAUUUAAGAUCAAAUACUAGAAUCUGUCUUUGAGAAAUUUCUCAUCUCUGAAAAACAGCCGUUUAUGAUUAUUUGUUUUUAGAUAAAUAAAAUAUGUAAUAAGAAAUAUACAGAUUUAUAAAAUUAUUAUGUAUAAACUGACAUUCAGGCUGAUAAUUAAUAAUACAAAAACAAUUGUUUGCCACAAUGUAAAUAGAACAUGUGUAGUAUGGAGUUGUAACCCAACUCCAUACUACACGUUCGAUAUGGUGGACCAGAAAUCAGUUAACCAAUCUAUAUUUUGACCGGUUGAAACAGCUGCAUGUUGCAACUAUUGAGAAAUGUAAUGCUGAAUAGUAAAACACUCCAAAAAUCCUUAAAAAUUGCAUUAACCAAAUAGUUUUAAUGCAAUUUUUUAGAUCUUUUAGAGUUUCUUAGUCACUUUACUAGAAAAACUGAAUUAUAACAACCCAGUUAUAAUGUGCCAGUACACAUCAAACAGUGCAUUGUGGUUCACUGACGUGUUUCGAUAUUCACCGAUCGAUGUACAGUACAUUGUACUCAUCGGGCCACGGAUGUGGCUACCUCCGUGGUUACACAAUUAACACCAUUUUUAUUAUUCGUCUUUAUUAACCCAAGAUUAUUUUGACAAAAUAAGUCUGCAAAUGCCAAUAUACUCAAAUUUUUGUUUUAAAUUCCACGACUUUCUCUGACCCUUGUGUAUGGCACAUUGACAAAGAAAAACAUUUACUAUUCACAUAUGUAUAGCUUCUUCAACUUUUUAAUUAGUUAUUUUUUCUAAUUAACAGUUACAUGUUUUUUAUAAUUGCUGAAUUAUUAAAACUAAAAUGUUUUAUUAAAUUAGUUUAUCCUGUUAGUAAUCCACAAUCAAAUUUAUAUGACUGAAAAAAGAAAUAAAAGCCAUUAUUUAUUAUUCAUUAACAAAUCCUGUGUAAUCCACAUAUAAAAGUAUACGGGUAUCCCUUGAUUAACAUAGUUAAUUAAAAUCAGCACAUAAAAUCAAGUUAGUUUCAGGUAGCAGGUAAUUUCCUAUAAGCAAUAAAAUGUUCUUAAAAUUGUCAGGCAGAAUAUAAGACACUAUUAGUUGGAUAUUGGUGAAGUUUUCAGUGUCUAAUUGUAGAAUCAAAACAAAUAUAUGAAUAAUAAACAUUUUUGUAACUUUUUCUGGGUUCUUCGGGUUUACUAAAUUUGAAAAAUAAGCUGGAUCUUCCAGAAUCAUUCAUAAAUAUAAAUUUGAACAUUAAGAUGGACUUUGAGUAAAGCGUACUUAUGUGCAUGCACUCUCCGUGUCAACUUUAUAUACAAUGGAACACUAAAUAUCAUUGAGAAUUUUUAGAAGGGUCUAAAAAUAUGUUUGAUUUCCCACAUAAAUGCAAGAAAGGCAUCUAAAAUAGUACAGUAGAAGCCAAGUUCUU